GCAAGUGAAUGGGUGAGUGACAGCAGAGGGAACAAUCCGUGCCACUCACUCUAGCCAGGACUGCCGAGGGAAAUCAUUGCAAAAUGAAGACGGCUUUGAUUCUGCUCAGCAUUUUGGGAAUGGCUUGUGCUUUCUCAAUGAAAAAUUUCCACCGCAGGGUGAAAGCUGAGGACUCUGAGGACAAUGGGGUCUUUAAAUACCGGCCACGCUAUUUUCUCUACAAGCAUGCCUACUUCUAUCCUUCUCUAAAGCGGUUUUCAGUCCAGGCUCCUUGGUUUACUUUAUUGUCACCCCGUCAAAUCGGAGGCAGUGACUCUUCUGAAGAAAAUGGAGACGGUGAUAGUUCAGAGGAAGAGGGGGAAGAGGAGACUUCAAAUGAAGAGGAAAACAAUGAAGAGUCCGAGGGGAAUGAAGAUGAGGAGGCAGAGGCUGAGAACACCACACUCUCUAGUGUAACAACUAGCUACGGAGCUGAGACCACAACUGGAACAGGAAAUAUAGGGCUAGCUGCGCUCCAGCUGCCCAAGAAGGCUGGAAAUGCAGAAAGCAAGGCUGCAAAAAAGAAGGAAAGCGAUGAAGAGGAAGAGGAAGAGGAAGAAAAUGAAAAUGAAGAAGCGGAAGUAGAAGAAAACGAGCAGGUCACCAACGGCACCAGCACGAACUCCACAGAGGUGUACGGUGGGAACGGCAGUAGCGGAGGAUACAAUGGAGAAGAAGGCGAGGAACAGAGCGUCACCGAAGCAGGUGUAGAAGGAACCACAGUGGGCAGGGAGCAGAUCAGUGAUGGCCCCACGACAGCAGUCCUUAUGAAUGGGUUUCAGUAUACAACCCCACCACCUGAAGCCUAUGGCACCACCUCCCCACCAUUCAGAAAACCCACCACCGUUGAGUACUGGGGAGAAUAUGAACAAACGGGGAACAAUGAGUACAAUGGUGAGUAUCAAAUCUAUGACAAUGAGAAUGGGGAGCCUCGUGGGGACAAUUACCGAGCCUAUGAGGAUGAAUACAGCUACUACAAGGGGCGUGGCUAUGAAGGCUAUGAUGGCCAAGAUUACUACUACCACCAGUGAAGCCCCACACCGCCGGGGAGGGGGGGAAUUACCCAUUCUGUCAUUGCAUCUGGCUACCAUUUAUUUUCAAAGUUCAACUCAGGAAGGUGCAAUAUAUCAAAUGUGCAUUUUACAAUGUUGAAUGGUGCUACAGUCCCAGAGCGAUUUCUGCAAAUGCUUCUAUUUGUAAUGGCUUCUUUUUUAUUUUCCCACAUCUGUCACUUGAAAGGUCAUUGUAAGUCAGGGCCAUUGAUCAAGCAGUUCACUAAUGAGCUGGGGCUGGAUGGAAUGCUUUGAAAUGGUAACUCUACAGUGUUUGCCCUAUUGCUAACUGCCCAAACAUACUCUUUGUACAAGAUAGAUCAAAGAGAGAUUUAGAAACGACACUGUAUACAAUAAUUGUGUAUUCCUAUAUCAUACCCACUAUCCAAUACUGUAGUAGGUUUAAUUCUCAUCCUCAUGUAUUUAUAUGGCCUGUAUGCACGGGUUUUACCGUAAAUAAACAUGCAAUUCUUCAAAUGUGUUAUAACUAAGAAGGAAUGGGGACCAUGGGAAAGCAGAGGGCUUUAAGGAGGGCUGUACAAGUCAGCUAAAAAGCAGGCUUAUUUCCAUCAGGGUUUAAUACUCAGAGGAUCUGAAAACCAUCUCAGUGUUCUCUCCUCAAUAAAUCUGCAUGACUAAGGUUUGACAAUUGAGGGCAGAAUCAGCUAUAUACACCAGGGAAUAAAAACUUCUUAGAGUUGCCAGAUUUAACAAGCAUAGAUCCAUGGUGUGAAAUGCCCACUUCAGUUUGAAUUUCAGAUAAACAAUGAUUGGUUUUUAAUGCAAGUGUUCCCCCCCCCAUGAAUAAUUAGUCUCUGUGAAAUAUCUGGAAUAAACUUAACGCUGAAUAAAUGACAUACUUUAAUAUUCAACUGUAAA